AUGGCAGUCAACAAAGGUAGAGUCGACUCGAUGGUGACUAUUCAAAAUAAUGAUGAAGAUGAGGAAAAGAUACUACAACUAAGAUGUUCGAUGUUCCAAGUAGAGACGACAUUCCAAAAUAACCAAAACCCCAUACUUUUCACAUCCAGCAUCAGAAAUUCUUGUGUUCUUCCGCAACCGCAGUUGGUAGAUUAA